CUACACGCACGGCGGUGCUCAGGUGUCUGCAGCCGCCGCGCAGGUCUACUGGUUGUCAACAACAAACUUGACACUUGGCUCAGGCAUCACUGUUUUACAAUGUAAAGCUUGCCCGCGAUGGUCUUUAUCUGUGCAGACGUUAAUGCUGUAAGAAGAGGAUGAAUGUGAUGCGCAAAUGGUGGGGUUCAGGGUCCCGGGUGGGUGGGGUGCUGGAGGGCCUGGACCCCGCCAACCCCCCGGCUGCCCAGCAGCACCUUGCUCUCGGCCUCAUGCACCUCAAGAAGCUGUUCAGCGAGUACUCCAUCCCACCACACCCCCUCUCAGAGGCAGAGAAGGAGGACAAGCUGUACAACAUGCUGCCACUCUUUUGCAAGGUUUUUGGUGCCAGCCCAGCAUCUGACCUGCAAGAGAAAUUUAGUGAAGUGAUCAUGUUUACGCAGCAUGUAAGUAAGCUGAUUGUGACAGAGAUCAAGCGGCGGGCCUCCAAUCAGUCCACUGAGGCAGCAUCAUGUGCCAUUGUUAGGUUCCUGGAGAUUGACAGUUGUGAAGAAAGUAGCAAUGGUUGGAUGCUUCUCUCGACCCUCAAUCUGUUAGCAGCAGGACCUCCACAACUCAUAGAGGUAAUGACAGCUGCCUCUCUUCCUUCAACAUUAGUCAAGUGUUUGUAUCUGUUUUUUGAUUUGCCUGAAUAUGAGAGUCCCUCAGCAGAUGCCACCACUCUUCAGACUGACAAGGAAGCUGCAGAAUUUUCUGCUGGUGAAAGAAGAAUUUUUCUUCAGAAAGUUUUUGUUCAGGUACUGGUGAAGCUGUGCUCUCACACGGCUCCAGCAGAGGAACUUGCCAGGAAGGAUGAUCUAACACUGCUGUUCUCUGCCAUCACUUCAUGGUGUCCACAACAUAAUGCACUCUGGAGGAAAAGUGCAGCCGAAGUAUUGAUGACUCUUUCCAGACAUGGUCUUUCCCAGCCUGUGGUCAGCUAUAUUCACAACAAGGGUUGUGUGGCACUUUGUGUGGAGAACAUGGAGAGGGGCCAGGAACUCUCUCCUCUAGAAAUUGUGGAGAUGUUUGUGACAGUAUUUUGCUUCUUGAAGGACUCCUCUGAAGUCUCCCAAGCCCUUCUGGAUGACUUCAGAUCAUCACAGGGCUAUGCCUUUCUUACUGAAUUUCUCCUGAGGUUGGAAGCAGACAAAUCAGAUGAAAGCCGAGAAGCGCUCAGAAACUUAGUACUACUUGUGUCCUCACUCUCCUACUGUGGCUACUUGGAGCUGAAGCCAUCAUCUGCCUCAGUGGGUUCCCUCUUCCACAUCCCUGGCUUCUCCCUCCCCAUCCCGUCUGGCAGAGGAGCUAGUGUGAGAAAUGUACAGGCAUUCAGCGUACUGCAGUCAGUGUUCCUGCGUGGGACCACAAGCAACCUGUGCUCCGUAAUCCUGGAUGCCAUCUCAGCCGUGUAUCAGUCUGAUGUGGCCAAUUACUUCAUUCUGGAGUCUCAGCACACGCUGUCAAACUUUGCUGAGAAGAUUCAUAGUAAACCUAAGGAAAUUCAGGAGAAAUACUUUCAACUGUUGGAGUUUGUGGUGUUCCAGCUGAAAUUUGUGCCAUGCAAGGAACUCAUCACCCUGUCAAUCUUGCUGAAGGCACACCACAGCCUGUCAUGCUCCAUCACCUGCAUCAACACACUUUUAACCAUUCUCAAAUAUAACUCAGUAUUCAAGGAUGUAUACAGAGAGGUGGGUCUGUUGGAGGUGCUGGUCACUUGCCUAAGCAGGUACCAUGAACUGCUCAAGUCAAAACCACAACAAGUUGCUGCAAGUGAAGUCAGAGAGGGCAGUGAGGAACAGCUGGGUUUCCUGGUGGUUGAGGCACUCACCUACCUCCUCUCAGGCAACAGCCAAAAUGCUGCUGUCUUUAGGGAAUCUGGAGGUGCCAAAUGUGCUGUUGCUCUUGUCCCUUUCCUGGAGUGUCGUUCACAGGCUCUUGGAGUGAUGCAACAACUUGUGCUCGCAAGUGGGAGUGAUGAUGACAUGGGCUCUUUGCUUGGUCUCCUCCAUUCUGCUCCCCCUACAGAGCUGCAACUCAAGAUAGAUAUUCUAAAGUCUCUGCUUGUUUGUCUUAAAGAGUCUCACCGGACAAGGACAGUGUUUCGCAAGGUGGGUGGGUUCCUGUAUGUGAUGAGUGCCCUGCUGGGUUUGGAAGGCAGCCUUGGGGAUGUGCUGCCUCCAGCCUGGACCUCAGUGCCCAGUCGCCUUAUCCUCACACUCCUGCUCAAUGUUUUCAACACUCUCACCACAGCCAUGCGAUAUGAACCUGCUAAUGCCAAGUUCUUCCAUCAAGAAAUCUGCUACACAAGUUUCUGUGAUACUUUGCGGCUGCUCGGCUGCUUUCAGGCUGAAGCUCAGUUGCAACAGCCUGGAGAGGGGGUAUUACUGUCACCUUCUAGUAUAGGAGUGCCAGGAGAAAGAAACUUCCCUUCUAAUUCCCUCUCUGAUGGUAUAGAUCUGAACACUUUUCACACCAUAUUCACCACACCCAUUCUAGAAUACAUGCCCCCAGUGGAGAUACCUCUGUCACUGGUGCGGGUGGUGCAGAUCUUGCAGUUGAUGUACCAUAUGGCCUUGGAUGCCUUUGAUAAGGCCUCACCUCCAACCUUCAGUCCUCCAGAUAUUGGCAUCACAGGGAAGGAUAACAAAGUAAUGGAUAUUUCUCCAAGCAACAAGCGUCCAGUGGGCGGCCUGAAUCUUGGGCCAGCACCAGCUGAGCCAGUCAUUGUACAUGCUGGGGUGAUCGUCAGCAUGCUGCACCUGCUGCCAUCCAUUCAGCAUCCCACACACCCACGCCUUGCCUGCCUCCUCCAGCUCUACACUGGCCAUCUCAUUAAGUCACUGGUGAGAACAGAACAUAACCAGCAACUGAUGUGUGAGGUGGGUCUAGCUGGGGACCUGCUCUCCAAAUGCUCUCAGGCCCUUGUGAAUGAGAAGCAUCCCCUCCACUCUCCACUCCAGUACAUCUUUGAGAGACUUGCUGCCCAAGCCAUCCACCCAAGGGAUCUCAGAAUAUUCCUGAGACUGGGUAACCCACUGAAUUGCCUUAGCCUGGAUGAAGUGGACACAGCCAAUGGCCAGUCCACCUAUAAUGGACCAGUACCUCUCACUCGCAUCAAAACACUUGUCUCCAUGACCACUCCCAGAGACUUUAGGGUUGGCACUCUUGUGUAUCCAUCCUUUGUGGAAUUUGACAUGAGUGCUGAGGGCUUUGGGUGCCUCUUUCUGCCUUCCAUUGCACCUCAGAGUGCAGGGGGAGGGUCGGUGGUGGGUUCUGCUUUGUCAUCUACUGAACCCAAUGUGAUUGGAGGCAUUGGCACUGGAGACCGAAUCUUUCCACCUCAAACUGGACUGACAUUCAGCACGUGGGUGUGUGUGGAAAAGUACAGUGACCCUAGAACAGAUCCUCACUGCGUGCGCCUCCUGACACUGGUGCGCCAUGUGCCAGGCCGUGACCAUCACCUGGUUUGCUUGGCAGUUGUAAUCUCAGCACGAGACAAGGCACUCAUCGUCUCUACACAUGAAACUGAUUUUCCCCAGCCGGGUCAAGGAGUAAAAGAUUGGGAGCCAGAUGUGGUUGGAGACUUUGGUUGCCGUACAUGGUGUCCAGUCCUUCUAACUGAGGGCCAGUGGCAUCACCUCACCAUUUCCCUCAGCCGAUCUGUGCUUAAAAAUUCCUCUCUCAGCAUAUAUAUUGAUGGUCAAGUGGUCACCCAGAAGAAACUACAUUACAUUCUUCAGAACCCUGGAGGUGGAGCAGCCAACCUCACAAUUGCCUCCUCUGUGUAUGCCUACAUUGGCACUCCCCCAGCCUAUAGGAGGCACUCCAAGCUGGUGUGGAAGCAGGGUUGCUGCCAUUUGGUUGAGGAGGUUUUACAACCCCAGGUGGUGCACCAGUUGUUCCAGCUUGGGCCCCAUUAUACUGGCAGUCUGCAGGCAGCACAGGUCCCUGGUGUUGACACUCAAAACCAACAAACAAUUGCAGUUGUACCUGAAGAAAAGGUUAUAUUUGGUAUGAAUGCCACAGCUAUAUCUCACCUCACCUUAAACAAGAUCAGAAAAAUGUAUUCCAAAGUAGACAACAAAGCAGUAGCAAAGCAGCUUGGCAUGUCAUCCCAUGAGAAUGCCACACCCAUCCGUGUGCUGCAUAAUUCAGCAGGUCACCUGAGUGGUCCAUCGCGAUCCCUUGGUGGUGUAGUGAUAGGCUACCUUGGAGUGCGAGUGUUCUGUCCCCGUCCAGUAGCUGUCAUGUUAGACACUGUUGGAGGCUGUUCAGUCUUGUUGGGUUUGGUUGCCAUGUCAAAAGAUGUGGAAUCCCUGUAUGCAUCAGUCAAGGCACUUUCAUGUGUAAUUAAGACCAGUAAGACAGCACAACUUGAAAUGAAUCAAAGCCUUGGAUAUCAAACUCUUGCUCUGCUGCUACGAAGGAAAAAGUCUCUUCUCAAUUCUCACAUCCUACAUCUAUGUAUGAGCUUGGCUGGCUCAGGAGAGGCUCGGGAGUCCUCUGCCAUACCCAAUACCCCAGCCUUCAAUGACCUGUUGUGUGACUUAGAGGUAUGGUGUGAUGCCCCUGGUGAGCUUUGCCGCACCUUAAUGGAGCACCUUCUUGAACUGGCCCGAGAGUCUGGGGAACGACACCACAAUGUGCGGAAGAUGAGGUCAUUGAAUCUGGUGCAGCGGCUGCUUCACCUGUUGUGGGAACAGUCUCAGGGAAGGGAAAUCACUUCCACCUCUCCAUCCAACAAUUCUUCAUCUACUUCCAAUGCCUCUUCCUCCUACAGUGGCAACAAUAACCACAAUAAUCCAGCCACAAGUAUUGCCCUUGCAGGCACCAACAGUGUUCCUACCCUCUCCUCCCAGACCACAGCAGUGAUCUUUACUCUGCUCACCACCCUUCUAGCCAACAACCCUCGUUCUCAGGACCUCCUCUGCUUUGGUCAGUUCAUUGUAUCAACACUCCCUAUUGUCAGUAUUUCGGAAAAACACAUUGAACUCAAGGGACUUGGUGAAGACAUCAGUGACACCUCCACUCUGUCUGUGAGGAAUAUUCUCCUUAGAAAUAAGUGUCUGGAGAUCAUCCAUAAUCUCCUUUAUAAUUCCAACAAGAACACAAUUCACCUUGGGUUCUGUGAGGAGGUUGUAAAGGUGUUGGGACUGGACUGGGUGUUGCUGUUUGCUCAGGGUCACCUGCACCCAACGACUGUGCUCAUUGCCUUAAGGAUGUUAGUGGCACUGCUCUCCAACACCACCAUCCUACAGAAGUUUCGAGAUGCUACACACAAUGGUGGCUGGAUGACAGAUGCACAGCAGGUUACCAGUAACAAGUUUGGUCAAGUUUUGGGAUACUCAGUGGGUUCAGUGGUGCGCUCUCUUAGUGAGAUCCGUGAGGAGGCGUGGCAUGUGCCAGGCUUCCAGGUGUUGACAUGGUUGGUGCCACACCACAUCCACAUUCCACAAGUGUACUUCCUUUUGCUAGCACUUCUGUUGGGCCAGCCAGUGAAGAAUGUACAGAACAACACCAAGCUGGACCUUGAUUCUAUCUGGACCUUUGUAUUUGGGGUCCCUGCCAGCCAGUGUGCCACCACUAUCUCUGGCCGUGUGUCCCUGUGUCCUGAGGCAGCCAUUGCCAUCCUGACCAUGGUUCGUGCAAUGCUGAACCAGGAGGAUAAAGGAAAGUACUGCAGACCAUGCAAACGGUCCUUACCCAUAAAGGAGCUCCCAGAUUGGCUGCAAAGCUAUCCAAUAACUCUCAUCCAGUUUCUUCGGUUCUUAUACCAACAAAAUGGAGACUUCCUCCCCGUAUUUCUCUCUGGAGAUGUGCUGGCAGCCCUCGCAUCCACUCUCUUUCCCUAUGCUACCUCCUCAGAACCUCAGAGUCUCACCUCUCCAGACGAUGAAAAGCUUGUGGGUGGUGAUUUGGUGGUGGUACAUGGAGAAAAUGAUGGAGCACUCACCAACCAUCCAGCCAAGCAGCAGGUGGUAGACUUCCUGAAGAAUUUGGUGGUGGACUCCCUUUCUUUGCCACCAGCAAGCAAGACCCCACAUACCAUUGACCUGCUGCUGGAGGCCACUCCAGAAAAUAGCAGUGAAGUGCAAGUGUGUGAGUUCCAGACACAACUUUUGGGCACACUAAUGGAGCAUUUGCUGGAUGCAGACAUUCUCAUAGGGGAGGGAGCAGCCUUACCUGUGGUGGCAGGUGGCUCUAUCCAACACAUUGCACCUAAUGUAUUCUAUCUGGCUGCCAGAAUUGUAGACAAGCUGUGGUCUGGUGUAUUCAGCAAGGACCCACAUGAAGUCUUUGAUUUCAUCAUCAAGCUCAUCUCCCAGGCUAAGCGAAGAGCAUCAGGCAUCAAUCUUGAGUCAAUCUAUCACUGCCUCAACCGUACUAUUCUCUACCUGUUGUCUCGACCCACUGACUCCAUUGCUGCCCAGAUGUCCAUACUGGAAGGACUGCACAAACUUACCACCCACAGGACCGUUGUGUUUGGGGCUGGAAACCAUGAACCAGAAUUUGUUGCCUGUCUUACUUACUGCCUUCUUCAGCUGACAGCUGAUCUCAAAAUAACCACGGACACAACCAACCGAUCUGUGUGGCACAUGAACCCAACUGUUGAGAGUGUGGGUGGUGAGAGUGAGGAGAGCAGGGCAGAGGGGCUCACAGGUAAGGAGGGCAGUGUGCGGGACUUUGCUGAGGCAACAGCCACCCAGAGUCAUAACCUGAUGAUUACUGCAGCCACCAGAGUUUGGGAGGAAUUGUAUAUCACCAAGAAACCAGCCAUUGAGGAGGUGUACAAAGUAUCUUUAACUGCUGGCAGUGGGAAGGCACCUGACCUAGCUAGUGUGAGAGACUUGGUGAAUGAAGCAUCUCAACGCCUCUGGCUAGCCUUCCUGGAGGGGGAAAAGAAGCAAUACUCACGUCUGCCCUGGGAAAUUCCAACUCAGAUCCAAAGUGUUACCAAUAAGCUGCAGAAGGUGACAGGAGGCCUGACGAGGCUGGCCUCGCGCACCAAGGGGCGGCGGGAGGACAGCAUUGUGGCCCGUAAAGUUGCUAUACCAAUGGCUGAUGUCCAGAUGGCUACCUUCACUCACAUCUCAAUUAUUGGUGACCUUGUUGAUCUCCAGUACAGGCAGCACUUGCAGAAACAGAAGCACAUGACAAGCUAUGUCUGGGAGUCAUGGCAGCGGUGUGAGCGGGAGCUGACACGGGAACGAGGGCUGUGGGGACCCAUGAAAGGUUCACAUUUGGAUAAGUGGAUCCUAGAUGCCACUGAGGGGCCAUGCAGGAUGAGGAAGAAAAUGGUGCAGAAUAGACACUUCUACAAGCAUUACCCCUACAAACAACACACAGAGAAUCCAGAAUGUAGACAACUGAAGUACAAAGUAGCCUCAAGUUUUGACAGUAAGGAGUUUGCAGAAAAAGAGAGACCUGAGGGUCUUUCUGACACUGAUAUGCGGGACAGAGAACUAGUGAUUGAAGAGGAAACUACCAACUUGGACACAGCAGACAGCUUUGCUGGCAGAGAAGUUGGAGACAUAGACAUGAAGGGACUUCAGGGAGCAAUAGUGAAGACUGGUGGUCCCAAUAGCCGGCCUGCUUCAGAUAUUGAAGAUGACAGUGACUCACUGGAUGUUGGGGAAGUGGUGGGUCAGGACACCACAGCUCCAACUGAUGACUCCCAGAACCCAGAUAACCAGACCCUUCUGAGGCUCUUGGACUAUGGAGAGAAAAUCAGCCACAUGUUCCGGUGUGCCAGGAUACAGGGAUUGGACACCAUAGAAGGCCUCUUGCUCUUUGGCCGAGAGCACUUCUACAUUGUGGAUGGCUUUACUUUGCUUAAAAGUCGAGAGAUCCGAGACAUUGCCUCCUUGCCGGAAGGUUCCCAUGAGCCCAUUGUGCCAUCCACUAGUCCUCGAACCAGUCAGGAGCAGCAUGCAUGUUCCAAGUUCCAUUAUGAUGAAAUCAGAGAAGUCCAUCAGAGAAGAUAUCUUUUGCAACCAAUUGCAUUGGAGAUAUUUUCAUCUGAUGGAAGGAACUAUUUGCUUGCAUUACCUCGCAAACUGCGCAACAAAACAUAUCAGAGAUUGCUGAUGGUGUGCACUGGGCUGGCAGACAAUGCCCAACAGUCUGUGGAGGGCCAGCGGCGGUCAGCCAGUGUGGAACAGGCAGGUGGUCUUUUCUCCUCAAUCAUCGGAGAGACUUCUGUCACGCACCGAUGGGUGCGUGGUGAGAUUAGUAACUUCCAGUACCUGAUGCACCUCAACACACUGGCAGGACGAUCCUACAAUGACCUCAUGCAGUACCCCAUUUUCCCCUGGGUGCUGGCUGAUUAUGCCUCAGAGGAACUGGAUCUUGCCUCACCUGCAACUUUCAGGGAUCUUUCUAAACCCAUGGGGGCCCAGACUCCAGAGAGGCUGGAGCAGUUUGCCAAGAGAUACCGUGAGUGGGAUGAUCCAUCAGGGGAGACUCCACCCUACCAUUAUGGAACUCACUAUUCUUCAGCCAUGAUUGUAUCAUCCUACCUGGUGCGCAUGGAACCCUUUACCCAGCAUUUCCUUCGUCUCCAGGGUGGUCACUUUGACUUGGCAGACCGGAUGUUUCACAGCAUGAAGGAGGCGUGGCACUCGGCCUCACGCAACAACAUGGCUGAUGUGAAGGAGCUUAUACCAGAGUUCUUUUAUCUGCCUGAAUUUCUUGUCAACUCAAACAAGUUUGAUCUUGGGUGUAAGCAGAGUGGGAAGCAGCUGGAUGAUGUGGUGUUGCCGCCCUGGGCUAAGGGGGAUGCCAGAGAGUUCAUCCGGUUGCAUCGAAUGGCUCUUGAAUGUGACUAUGUGUCUGCACACCUCCAUGAGUGGAUUGACUUGAUUUUUGGCUACAAGCAGCUUGGCCAGCCAGCUGUGGAAGCAGUCAAUGUCUUCCACCACCUCUUUUAUGAAGGCAAUGUGGACAUCUACAACAUUGAUGACCCUCUAAAGAAAAAUGCAACAAUAGGGUUCAUCAACAACUUUGGCCAGAUCCCUAAGCAACUGUUUCGCAAACCCCACCCCUGCAAGAAGCUCUCUGGCCAGCGCACUUCCAUUAUUGAUGCUGGACCACUCUCUCAGGCUCCUUCUGUAACUCCUAUAGAAAAGGUCUUUUAUCAGAACCUGGAUAACCUAAGACCCUCAAUGCAUGCAAUCAAAGAAGUGAAAGGAGCAGUUGGUCAGAUCAUUGCUCAGGACAAACUGAUAUUGGCUGUGGAACAAAACAAAACCCUAAUUCCUCCUACUUAUCAGCGUUUUCUGGCAUGGGGCUUUGCUGACCAGAGCUUGCGGAUUGGUGGAUAUGAGAGCGAGCGAGCUGUGCUAGUGAGUGAGACGCCACAAAAUGGGGAGAUUCUUGCUGCUGUGUGCCCCAAUAACAAGACCAUCAUCACUGCAGGCACCUCUACUGUGAUCAACGUUUAUGAAAUCAUCAAAAGGCAGUUGGUUCAGAAGAAGAUCCUAUAUGGCCAUUGUGAUGGCAUCACUUGUCUGGCAGCCUGUAGUGCCUAUGGCUUGCUGGUGUCUGGCUCUCGGGACCGUUCAGCCAUCAUCUGGGACUUGGCACGCCUGGCUUAUGUUCGUCAGUUGGCCCCUCACCAGGCACCUGUGGCUGCUCUGGCCAUCAACGAGCAGACAGGUGACAUUGCUACAUGUGCUGGCACCUGGCUGCAUGUAUGGAGCAUCAAUGGUGCGGCUGUGGCUACUGUCAACACUGCCCUUGGUGCCCAUUCACCCCAGCAACAGAUAUUGUGUGUGUCGUUCUCCACUAUGCAUGAGUGGGACCCCAACAAUGUGAUAAUGACUGGCUCUUCAGAUGGAGUAGUCAGAAUGUGGAGUAUUGAGUAUGUUCAGGUUCCAGCCAAUGAGUCCUCUGCACACUCCACCACUGCCACUGCCCCCUCUACUGCUGAAGAAGAUCAGACCACAGUCUCCAAGGAUAGCACAACAGUUAUUGCAGGUGGCUGUCAAAGUUCCAAGUCCCUGCAGUCCCCCAGUGGUCAGUCUCCUUCACACACAAUUCAGUCAGGACAUCUAGCCAGGGCUCGAGAAGUAGUGCGCCGCCUCUCCACAGUAGAAGAUUUCCCACAAGCUUUGCUGACCAAGAGUGUGAGUGAGAGCAGUUUAUCAGAGGAAGGAGAAAGUGAUUUGGAAGAAAAUGAGAAACAUGAGCAAAAUGAAGAAGAUACCAGCACAGUUGACUUAGAGUCCUACACUGUGAUUCCUUCUCAUCCCAAGUUAAUGACCAGUCAGGAGGAGAUGGAAGAAGAGGAAGAGGAAAACAAAGCUACUGCAGGGCAGGAGGUGCUGCAUGGAAGUAAGACUGAGAAGGAAAAACGUCUGUUGCACCGGCAAGUGGCCAUGUCUGUCUCUAGUGCUAGCACACAUAGUAUGGAUUCUACCCAGACAAAGUCACUGGAGGCUCAGGAUGACAUAGUACUCAGAAGAAGUUCCCAUUAUCCCAAGGGUGUUGCCCGUGCAAUCAGCACCAUUGAGAGAGCAACCUCUCACACCCAUGACCAUCGCCUCCAAACAAGUAAGAGUGAGACCAGCCUGGCUGACAGUGACACCUUUGUGCUGAUCUCAGACUCCGAAAUUCAAGAGGCUCAGAAUCAGCAAGCCAAAGUACAAGAGACAAGGAAAAGGCUCCCAAAAAAUCCCCUUAUGCCAGGGAUGAAGUGGGAGUGCCAGCUGGUAUUCCGCAGCAAGUUGACGAUGCACACUGCCUACGACCGUCGGGACAACACUGAGCCAGCCUCUGUCACAGCACUUGCCAUCUCCAAAGAUCAUCGAACUGUGUUAGUUGGAGAUGCGAGGGGACGAGUGUUCUCAUGGAGUGUUCCUGAUCAGCCUGGUCGGGCUGUGGCAGAUCACUGGGUGAGAGAUGACGGCAGUGAUGCAUGUGCUAAUUGCCAGGUCAAGUUUAGCAUUUAUGAGAGGCGUCACCACUGCAGGAACUGUGGCCACUUAUUCUGUUCUAAAUGCAGCAGAUUUGAGUCAGAAAUAUCACGCCUAAGGAUUCUGAAGCCAGUGAGAGUGUGUCAGAAGUGUUAUACCACCCUGAGAUAUGAUAAGUGAAUCCCUUCAAGGCGACAGUGCUUCUAAGGAAGUAUUAACAGGCAGGAUCAUUAAAAUUUUUUAGCCUCCCUUUUUUCUCUAUUUAAAUUACUUGGAUGUUUACAUUUAUACAUUGAUAUUUGUAUAUAUUUUUUUGUAAAACUUAAGUUUUAGUCCCUGGUUGGGACGUCUUUGUUGCCAAUAGUCAUGGUAGGUAAGGUAAUACUCCAAGACCUCUGACUAACAUGUAAUUAUAUAAGUGUUCUGGACAAAUGAUCUGAACCUAAAAUAAUAUGAGGCUGAUUUUAUCAGAUGGAUUAAUGAAAUCCAUCAUGGAGAGCGUGAUUGUUACACAAAACUUUGCACCAAUUUUGCAUCUCUAAGAAAAAAAGUUACACAGAUGUUUCACUGAGGAGAGAGUGAAGGAUCUCUGUUGACCUGUGGAGAGAAUGGUACACCUGUCAUUCCCAGAGAACUUUUGGAAUAUCUUUGGCAUAAUGAAUCUGAAUUGAUUAGCUGUAAUCUACUGUAUCUUUAUUUAACUUGGAGAAAUGUAGACUUGGUACACAUACUGGAAGGUAGAAUCAUGAAGACUGAUUUUAUCUCCUUGUUUACUGUCUUGUUUACCCAGAAAACACCAUAACAUUUUCAUAUUAAGACAUGUUUCAUGUCAACUAGAAUAGAUCUAGUAAGAACACAAGUUAAAAAAAAAAAAAAAAUGAGAAGGGAAGUAAAUGUUGUCUCAAUUUCAUGUCAUUGAAUUGUGGAAAUAGUAAAACGGAUGUAAGAAUAUUCCCAUGUCAUGGAUUCAUCUACUUCUUUGUUCUGUGGCAGUGUUUCUUUUUCCUUACACUGUCAGAUAGACUUCAUCCCAUGUGUGUAUAAGUGUUUUCCUUGCUUUUACCAGAGCCUGGCCUUAUUUUACAGGGACAAGGUCUUUAAGGGCAAGAUGGGGAUAUAAGUUAUUCAUCUUAAUCUUCCCCUUAAUUUACUAGACUGUUGCCAUGCAGAAACUGAGGGAUUAUAGUACUGACUAGAACAAAAAUAACCACUUUGUUUCAAGUUUCUUUCAUUUUGUUGUUUUUAUUGUUAUUGAUGAUGUGACAUGUUUGAUGCACUUACCCUAAGUGCAUAAUCAUAUGCUACUUAAUACAGCUGAUCACUUCCUAGUUUAUGGAUGGCACACUUCCCAGUUUAGAGAUGGAACUGGAACAAAUGCAAAAUUCAGGAGUAUAGUUUAAUGCAAAAGAAAUAAGAUACAUAACUCAAAAAGAAUUCAUGACUAUUCCAUAAAUGCUUGGUUUUACUUUUACUUACUAAGCAGUAUUCUAUUCUCUCCGUGUACUCCAGUGAGCAUUCACCGUUGUAAAUAACUUGUUUACUUUUUAUUACUGUGUAUUAUAUUUUAUGGUUUCAGAAAAUAAUGAGGCUGUAUCACUUAAUUGUGUACAAGGACAGCACCAUUUUGUGAUAUUUAAAUAGUUGAUAAUAGUAUAUGAGUGAGGAGUGUUGUGAUUUUUGCUGAGUGAAAGUUGCUGAUCUAUAUUUCAUACAACUUUGUUCUUUUUUUUGUGUUCCCUUAAAAUGUUCUGUUGGAUGUGGAUGUGUAGGUCAUUUUCACUUUUGUAUGACUUUUAUUUCCCAAAUAUUUGAUGCAAAAUCACGAUCACCUGAUUAGUUUGCUCUUACAUACCAUUACUUGUGGGUAGAGACAUCAAACCCUGCAUUGACUUAUUCAUCAGUAAACUCACUGGGGAGAAGUUGAGUUGUCAAAGCAGUGUUUCCUGCUUUGGUAUAUAUUCUUGUGAGGAUCAUACCUGUCCAACUACUUACAUGCUUAUGAAGCACCUCAUGAGUCCAUAUUCUGGCAGGAAGUGUGUGCAGUUUCACAUGAAUUGCCUUUCUUUUGUGUAUACGAAAAUAUACUAACUAUAGUAAUAUAUAGAAAAUGUUAUAGCUUACAUUGGUCUUUCUUCUGUGUUAUCCAACAAUGAAUCUAUUGUAUCAACUACUCUGGCUUUUGCAGAGUGAAGUUAGGGAUGGGGAAUGCAAAAACACAAGGCUACCCGAGGGGGGGAUGUAAGUUUGUUAUCUUUGUCUAAAAACUAAGAAAGAAACCAAUCAUAAUACUUUUUCCAAAUUAAUUGAUAUAUUACAAAGGGCUGUGUUGGUUUUGUUUGUUCUGGUAAAGUAGUAUGCAUUUUCAACUCAUCACAUUGUCAGUUGAACCUUGGCAAGUCACUCACCUGUACAUGGAAAGGAUUGAGUGUUUUAUUGGAAAAGUUGACUGUUUCAUCAUUCAAAAAAGGAUAUAGCAUUAUGCACUGCCAGGGAUUUCAAACUGUAUGAGAGCACUUUCCAUCCAACCCUGUCCUGUAAAUCUUGUAGAAUCUCAGUGGUUAAUCUUUUUUUUUGGCAUGCCAGGAUCAUUGUUUUAACAUAUUCUGUCCUACAAAUAUUUUUUUCUCCUUACUGAAUACUUUACCUUGUGAGACUUGGUGUUUCCCAAACUCCAUCUCUAUGAAUUUUGUUAAAAGUUUCUGUCAUCUUCAAAGCAUAUUAAUUAUUUUGUAUCAUUCUCUCCUUCCCUUGAGACAUAGGCUUUCUUUCUUAUAGAUUGUUGGAGGUAACAAGAAGAAAUGAGGCUAGAGGACUACAAAGCUCUCCUCCUGGAAGUUGAGAAUAAAAGAAAUGCAGUAACUUUUGAAUAUAAGUUUAUAUAAUAUCUGAGACAUGCAUGGUCUUCUACUUCUUAAUGUACCAGGGAUAGGAAACAGUCAUAUAUCAAGACCAUCAUGAAAUACUUGUCAGCAAUGUCAAUAUUACCAUCUUCAGCUAUGCAUAUAAUUAUGUUCAUGCAAAGUAACAGUAGAGGAUAUUCUUAAUGGCUCCUAAGAUACUACAUUUGAAAGAAAGGGAAGUCACAGGGGUUAGAUAUCCAAGCUUUCUAAAUGAAAAACAUUUAUGAUUCAUGUUACAGAUUACAGAGAUCCUAGAAAAUUUCACAUCUUGGUGGUGUAUCCAUUGUUAUGGACUCAUUUAUUAUGACUAUAUAGCAUUUUCAGUAAAUGCACAGAAGUUUUUAAUUGAUAUUCAGGUUGCUGGUUCUCUGUCUUAACAGGAUUAUAAGACAAUGAGCAAAAUCAUGAUAGUUAGUGCCUUUGUAAAAUUUUGAGGUAUCACUGAACUGACUGCAUUUCAAACUAACAGUUAUUCUCUGAGACUGAAUUGAUGUCUGUCACGCUGAUAUUCUAUAAGUGCCAGGUCUUACCAUGAGAGAAUGUAGCAGGAUAAUUUUGCUGAUCAUAUUGUGUCUGGGAUGGGCAAUCCUGAGAGGAGAAAACUUAGUGUGAGAAAGUAGAUGUAUUAAGCAUUGCUCAUCCUGUGAAGAGUGCCUGUGUAGAAACUUGCUUGGAGCUUGGAAUAAUUCAUCAUCAGUCUCUGUAAGACAGUUACAGACAAAGAAAACUCAGCCUUCUUUAGUCAUCCCUGUUAGCUACCAAUUUAUUCCAGGCUAUUUUACCAGCAGACCUCAUCUCUCCAUCAAAUUCCGUCUACCCUGCUUCUUUUACCACCAUGGCAUUGCUAUUCUGUCAUUCUUAAAUAUUCAGCUGUUAGCUGCUCAGUGUAUCAUGCAUCUUGACCAUGACAAUUCCAUGUUUGAAGGAAAAACAAUGUUGCUCAGUCUGACACCUUUUUUAUACAUAUUUUCUCUUUAAUUUUAUGUAAUUUUAUAGUGCCAAUCCUUUCCUUAUAGAUGUCUUUCUUGUUCAUCCUCACAUUUCCUCAACCCACAGAUUCCUAAAUCAUCUGUUGAUUUUUUUUUCUCUGUCUUUGAAGGCUUUGCACGUUUGUUCUUCUGUUUGUAUUCUGUGUGUAUUCUGCAUAGUUUUCCUCAAUUCUUAAUUAAUAGCAAGACUGGGCAGCUGAUAAAUAAUUAAUUCAGAAUUCUGAUUACUGUUUAGCUUAGCUGGUGUUAAAAAUUGCUUGUCCUUUGGCAUAUCCCUCAUGCAAUAGGCCAGAUGCAAGGAUAUGUUGAUGUGGCUGCCAUAUCCAGGCACUUGCUCCUUUUGCAUAAAAUGGUUGAAAUAGCAAAAUGUAUUACUUUUAUUAUUUAAACAUUUCCUUAUCCAUUUCUUGCAAAAUUUUCUUGACACUGAUAGUAUUCAUAGGAUAUCAUUGUUUCAUGGAAAGUACAUAUUAUAUUUCAGAAUCUUGCCUUUGGAACAAAGUAUCUGACAAAAAUUACAAAAUUAAUUGCUUCAUCAUGUUUUGUAAUUAGAAUGAAAUAAGUUAUGACUUAAAUCCAUCAUGUUUGUAAUCAGAAUGAAAUAAGUUAUGACUUAAAUUCCUUGUGUGUAGGGGUCAGUGUAGGACGACCAAAAAUUCCUAUUUUAUUGUAAUGGAGUUGCUGUGGAAGAACUGUAGUAGUUAAUGUAUAAUGUAUAUAACAAUUGAUGUAGCAAGUCAGUGGCAAAACCCAGUGAUCCACCCUCUUUGUUAUUACUUUCUCAUGAAGAUAGCAUAGUACACUGGAGAAUAGCUGAUCUAACUUAGGAAAGUUGGGACUUCAUUGUUCCAAGAGUCUGUUUAACUUGUUUAGCUCAGAAGCAAUGUACAGUAGUUGGAAUGUGAGCUAUAAUCAACUUCAGCAGUAGCAGCGAAAGUCUGUUGCAAGACAAAGGGCCCCAGCUUUCUCCACUCAUCUGUCAUCUGUUUGUCAGUUCCAGUAAAAAUUCUCGUCUCAAUCUAGUCCUGUAUCUGCCCUUCCUUCUUUUACCAUUCCACUGCUCUUUAUCAGUUUUCUGUUCAUGCAUAACAGCUGCCCAUAUCACCUUUUUCUCUUAAUUGUGAUCUUAAUGUUAUAAAUUUUGCUAUGCUACCUUGUCUUUUUUUAUCUCUUUAUGUUAUGCCAAAUAUUAUUGUCAGCAUUCCCAUUUAGGCAAUCUGGUAAAUGUUCUCUAACUUGUAGAAUGCACUCAUUAUAAUUUAAAUGGUAAUAGAAAUUACUUUUUUUAGUAUUAAUUUGUGUGCUGGAAGUACUCCAUCACUUUUGGUUUAUUUUUUUCAGAAUCUGGUGUUUAUUAGAAAUAUUUGUGUUGACAGUUUGGGAGAAAUGAUGUCACUUUGUAUAAUUUUUCCUUUAUUGGUAUUUUCUUACUGAUCUUGUGUAGCUUUAUCGUUGCAAUAUUUUCCUUAUAGAUGCCUUCCAAUACCUUGUCAUAUGCUUCUGCUACCCCAUGUUUCCUGAUUAUUUACAUGUAUUCUGAGAUUUUAAUGGAACCAAAGGCUUUUCAUAGUCAAUGUAAGCCAUAUAGUGUGUUCAACUAAUUUUUUUUACUACUGGGUUAAUAACAUGGGUUUUGUCGGUUGUUGAAAAACUGCCUGCUCUUUUUGGCUGCUUGUAAUCAGUUUUUUGCAAUAAUCUUAUUUGGAUGAGCAAUUCUGUAAAAAGCCUUUAUGCUGCAGAGAAUUUCUCACCAGUCCUGAGGGACAAAGUUGGAAGAUAGGAUAUUUUUAAUUGCUUCGCCAUCAAGCAAGAAAUCAUUGAUAUAGAGGACUGCUGUUAAAAUGGCUUCGUAUCUGGCAAUUCAUAGCUAGUUUUGAUGCUAGCAGUACUUUUGGCAAUAUGUUUGGGAUCAACUGAGCUAAAUUGCAUGACAUAUAAGACAACCACAUCUAUGUCAUCAAGCAGGGUCUGGCAGUGCUCAGGUAUGCCUGAGCCAUGGAAAGAUUCAUUAUUUAAAGAAUCUCUGCAAAGCAGCAUUUAAGAAAACAACAAUCUCAUGUCUGUAUCCUGUAUUAAUGUCAGCUAUGCGUAAGUGGAUUUACAGACUACAACAGUUCUUGGUACCAUUCCUUAUUAAGGCAAGUCCUCUGCCUCAUGGUCUCAGGGCUUUCUAAGGUCAGCUCAGUCAAAGGUUUAUAGCAAACACAUAUUUUAGAUAAUUAGUAGCAAAUCACAUCAUGCUAAUUUCAAGAUGAAUUUUUUUUAUUUAUUUUUUUUUAUUUUUUAGAUUUUGAUGUUUUACAUUAAUUUCCCUUGACAAAAUCACUUUUUUUCUCUGUUUAUGAGAGGAUAAGCUAUAUGCAUUCAUUUAACUGACACGUCUCUCCAUUACUUCAUAAUAAUCUUCUAAUGUAAAUAGUUAAGGACAUUUCAAAAUUAAACCAAGAAACAUUCAUUCAUGACAUUCCCUAACCUGAAGUUCACAUGGAGUCCAAGGUGACUAGGAUGCAGUUUACUAAAAUACUAGCUUAUUUUACCAUCUAUCCAGUCUGGAAAGCAUCCACAAAAGUUUGAUCUUAGCCUCUGGCAACAUGGUAGAAAAUCAGCUGCCCCAUUACAAUUGAAGGAGGCUGCCUUGACUGUUAAUCCAUGCUUCAGAGUGGUCUUGUCCACUCUUAUUUGUGUGAUCUUACUUAAUGGUAUACUUGCUGGUAGGAUCCAAUAGCUCUUGCCUGCUUGUACUACCAAGUUAGAAAAAUUGCACCAAGGUAUAGUAAGUAGAGAGCUCAAGUCAACAAAAAAAGGUCCUAGAUUCAAAUCCUUGGUCAGGUGGAUUCACUUUGGUAUUGUCUCAUGUCAGUGUAUCCCUUAUUCAUCUAUCAGAAAAUGGGUACUCAUACAACAUAAUUGAGGAGUUGUGACCUUGUAACCAGGUAAGCUAACCAAGACACCCAAAGCUAGAAAGGCUUUUAACCAACCUACCUACUUGGUGGUGAUCUUUGUCUUGCACUGAGAUCAUGUAGGCUGCUGAUGGUUAUGUUGAAUCUAAUAUCCAUGCAGUAUGGCAACAUAUUCUUUUCAUGUAUUUUUCUUGGUUUCACUACAAAUGUAAGGCCAGUUGAACUUGGUGUAAAUACAGUCAGUUGCAACCUUACUGCCACACUACUUUAGUCAGUUCACAGUAUAAGCAACCUAACUUUAGAAAAAAGUAAAAGAUCUCUUUGAAAUCUUAUUAAAUAGCAUUGUCAUUGUUGUAAUGUUUUGUGUAUACAUAUUUAGCCUUCUCCUUAGAUCUGACAAAGGAAAAUUAAUAAUUGACAUGAAUCUCAGGUAUGAGUGUCAUAAUUUUGUAAUGUUUACUAAUGUGUGAUAUUUUUGUGUUAGUUUUUUAAUAAUUCUACCUUUACUUAUUUUAAUUAGUGAAAGGCAGCAGGCUCAUUCAAACAACCUUGGCCACCACAUGCACACUAUCCACCAUGCAGAGGUUGAGAUCCAUUUUGUGUGAGAUAAACAUGUUCUUGUGAUCCCAUUUUUACUCUGUUUCCAAGCUGCUAUGGGAUUUUGUUUGGCAGGUCUUCCUUGCACUGAAAAUUUCAUAUCUGGAAGAUGUGCUUAUUGCCAGUCAGGUUCCUGAACACUGGUUGAAAUGUGUCAUACUCAAGUACUGUGUUUAUGAUGAGGGCUGAAGGGAUGAAUUUAGAGCAGUAAUUCAUGGUCACACUUCAGGGAUAUGUAAAUUACCAUAAACCUAUUUCACUUACAGUUGUACAUUUUAUCAUUCAUUUAUUUUACUUACCUCAAGAAAUACAUAUUUUAUUGAGAGGUAAAAAAAAAGUGUAGAAGGUUUCAUCCACAAAUGUAAUGUAUCUUAGUUUUGUGUAAGUGUAAAGAUGACUGCCAGUGUUUGUUUGUAUGUAAAGUGAUAACUGUAUAUAGACUGGCAAUAGUCACUUUAUAUUGAAGUACAUUUAUUAAGCAAAUGUUCUGUAGAUGCACAGGAAAGAAUAAUUCACAUAGUUUAGACAGAUAGGGAGUUUCUGUGAUGGUGUUGAUGCAAAUAAGAUUUCUUCAUAUUCUUUAUAAACAUUCCAUAGCCAAUAUUAGUUUUCAGUUCAUAAAACUGAAUGCCUAAUAUUUUGUCAAUAGUUUAAACUGAAUGAAACAUUUAUUUAUGAAAAUAUUAUUUGAUAUUCACAGCUGGCCACUGAAACUAGUUAGAUUAUUUAUUCAUUGUAAUAAUUUGUCUUCUACUCAUUCUCUGUAUAUAAUAAUCCCUUUGCUCACCUAUAUCUUAUUAUCACUAGUUUCCUGUGCUCACCUAGAAUUAGAAAUAUAUGAAGAACAGUGUGUUUUGAAUCUCCCAAGUGAGCAGAUCCUGGGUUUUCAGCCUCUGACUCAAAGUGACUCAAGCAUCAUAUUAGUCAUGGAAUAGACUACACUGGCAUGUAUCAUUAUUAGCAAUUCCAGACAGUGGUCUAAAUGCUCUAAAUAUUCAGUAGGCAUGUGCAGAACUAGUGAAAAGGCAAAUUGCAGCAAUUAACCUGUCACUUCAGUGAAACACAUAACCUGAUCAUAAGCAAAUGGUAUACACCACAUUAGUUGAUGGUGCACCAAACAUUUAUGAGGAUUUGUUUCACUGGAGAUGCCUUUUGCCCUUCCACAGUAUGGUUUUAUGUGAAAUAGUUAAUUAGUCUGGUCAUGUACAAGUAACCAUUUGUUGUUAGCUGCAGUGGCCAGACUAUGGACAGGUAAAGCUGAGUCACACUCACUCUCACUCUGCUGAAGCUGUCUACUGAUCAAAGCACCCUGGCCUGAUACUGAUAGUGUUACAAAUUCAUGACUAGUAACAGGUUUUCAGAGGCCCAGUAGUUUCAGAAUACUUUGUGUUACAUUUAAAAAUAUAUAAUUAAAAUAAGAUGGA